AGCAGGUAAACGCGAUUCAGUUGUGUUGUUUUGCUGCGCGGCGGAGCGCAAAUCUUUCGGUGACCUAAAGCGCGAACAAGCAGCAUGCGUUUGUAAUAUAAACGCUGAUCCAUGUUCUGAUUCUGAUCCCGGGAAUAUGACACUGAAAUGUUUUCUGUUGUUCUUCUUGUUAUGGGUCGGAAAUCUGCGCGCUCAGGAGGACAGGCGUGUGGUGUUUUCUUUAGGAAGGUUCCAGAAUGUCAGCGUUCCAGUGAAUGUGACGGUUCGGGCCACAGUUUCUCAGAUUCCUCCUGAUGUCUCCUUCAUCAUACUGCAGUUUCACACACAACAUCACAAUGUUACACUCUCAUACAUGCAGCUCCCAGGUAGUGGUUCAUCGAUGGUCACAGCAGUAGAUGCGGGUCUGUUGUCCACGCUGCUGCCGGCUCAGUCUUCUCUCUCCUGGUUCCUAAACACAGCAGACGGGAACAAUGUGACAGGAAUCGGACUGAUACUGCCAUACACGAGCACUGAUCCUGUUCCAGGAGCUUGCAAUCUGGAAUUUCCACUGGAAAUUGAUCCAAACAUCUACAUACAAUACAACCUGUUUGAAACCAAUGUUACAUUUGCACCUGCUAACAUAGGAUAUGCAAGAGGGGCGAGUCCUCCAGCAUGCGAUGUUAAGAUGGGAUCUGAGACCCGUUGGCGUCUGGUGUAUGAGGUGUAUCAGUACUUUUUGCCUGAAGGUGACCUAUCAGAACAGAGUCUCAUUAACAGUAUGGAGCGAGUGGCCAAUGUACAGAACAUACAGGACAACGGCAGAAAAGUGAUGAUGUUGACAUCUCAGGAGCAUACACGGCUUUCAUUUAACUCUCUGCCCGGUCAAGGGGUGAUUUUCUCAGUGGUUGUGAGAGACCCAAUGUUUAACACGUCAGCUGCGUACAUCCCUGCGCACACGUACGCCUGCAGCUUUAACUCCACGCUGGACAGCUGCAGGACAUUAGGGAAAGUUUCCACUAAGGUCUUCUUUACUGUGAUGGGGGCAGCAGGGCUGUUUGUGUGUUUUUUGGGCCAUCGUUUUUUUAAAUGUGAGCUCUUCUGUAUGGGCUUUGGGUUUAUGGCAUUUGUCUUCUUUAUACUGAUCACCAAGACCACACCUCUGGAAUAUGACAUUCGAUUGGCUCUGACAGCCGUGAUGGGCGUGGUCGGGGGUGUGAUCUUGGUUAUGAGCUGGUGGCGGUUUGGUUCCGUCAUGGCCUGUGUGCUGGUGGUCGGACUCAUUUUUGGAUUUCUCGUCUCAUCUGUUGUCUUUUUCACUCCAUUUGGUGACCUGUCUGUAUUCCAUAAUGAUGUUGUGUUCUGGGUGGUGUUUGUUUGCAUCAUGGUAAUCGUACCUUUGUUCUUCAUCCGGUGGCCCAGAGAGGGUAACAUCAUAACUUGUGGAGUGGUUGGUGCACAUGCAUUGGUCCUGACUGUAAAUGCUUACACCUACACCAGUCUCUCCUACAUCACGCUAGACGUCCUCAAGCGCUUUCUCAACCACAACUUCAGCCGAGCGUUUAUAUCUGUUCCACUGCAGGAUAUCGAUUUUAUCAUGAUCACAGUGUGGGUGGUUCUGGGGGUUUCGGGCAUCGUUGUGCAGUUGUAUCGAGAACGUUCACGGCCAUUUUUCCCACCGAGUCCAUAUGUCAUGUGGAAACAAGAACGAGAGCGCAGGAAGACAAACGUUCUAGACCCAAGCCACCACAAGCCGUCUUUCACCGCCCGGAUCCUUGCCAGCAUUCAAAAGCUUACACGUCGCACAGAACCGGCUGGUGAAAGCACACCCCUCCUCUUUUAACCCUUGACUUAUCACCUUUGAUUCGAAAGACGAUUCCCUGUGGAUCCUUUACCCUUGCAGUUAAUUGGUCCUCAGUCAUGAGGAGACGGUUUGUAUAACAACCUUAAUGAGGAUGGUGCUUGAUAUUCAGAGCUUGGAGACUUUUAACACAGUGAUACACAGCCAAUGGCGGUCUCACACAAACACAAAACACUGACGGUGUGGGACUAAACAUGUGCACUUAUCAAUGUUUGUGUAGGUUAAAGAAGGUGUAUCUUCUAGGCAGAUCAUUUAGUAUUACUUGAUCCCAGAACCUGCUAUUUAGCUGAUGUCACAUACCUACUUAUGUAGCCAUUGGUUGAUUGACCUCUAAUAUUCACAGCUACCACAGAGUGGUUUUAUAUGCUUUUUAGACAUGUGACUUGAGACAUGUGCCACAAUUGUGUCACACAUUCAGUCCUGUCCAGUGAAGAGUUUUAGGCUUUUUAUUAUGUCUGGUUAGUCAGAACUAUGUUUGACAGCCGUACUUGUGAGAAUGAAUGAGGAUUUUUAAAGACAUGCAGAAAUAAGUUUCUCCAUAAUGUUUGGUAUUUUCAUGAAUGUAUAACUCAGAGCAGGUGCUCAUUAGUAGCCACUGUGAGCCUGAUGGAGAUGUUUUUGUAGUUUGUGUGAGGUGAUGGUGUGUCCCUACAGGCCACCACAGAUCCUGCUUGCAGCAUACACAGAUAAUGAGCAGAUUCCUGUGGGAAUCCUGAGGUGUCGCCAUUAACAAAGAUUUUAAUAGCACGCUGGUUUAAGAGGAAUAUUUUGAAUCAGUGGAAAUUGUGUUCUCAGUUUCCGACCCUUAUUAUUGAACCGGAAUGCCGGUUCGAGUCCCGCUCGGGCCGAGUGUAGGAACCGGUUAUACAUGCACUUGUUAAAAUGUUUGUGAUCAUGGAGCAACAAUAUGACUCUGAGGUUAGGUGAUGGUGUCGAGUAAGCAGGUGUCAAUCCUUCUCUCAGGGUAUUGUCUUUUUUUUGUUUAUUAUUAAAUGUAAUACCUGUUUCUUAAAACAAGCAAGAAUGCCUUAAAAAGUUGAAAUGACAUUUUAAAUAGUUACAAUAUGUAUAAUUCACUUAUUUUUGUUUGUUUCUUAAAUGAUUGUCUAAAUAACUACAUAUAAAUAAAGUUGUCAAGUCUGUGCCACAAUCCUUAAA